GUGGAAGCAUCUUUGUAUGGAGGUUGGGAGUCUCAGUUACUUGAAAUGGGUUUCCUUGCAAUGUUCUUAUCUCCAGUUUUGAGUUUGAGCCAGUUUCCACGUCACACACCCACAAGCUGGACCAAUGUCUCAGGAAAUCGCUGGAUGAUAUUCUGCAUUAUGAUUGGAGCUGGUUUGAUAAAGAUGAGAGGUGAUAGCUGUUGGAGGGACUUGACUUGUAUGAACUAUCAUUAUGAGGUUUGUACAUUGUAUAUUGUAUAUUGUCCUCCAAAAGGUUAUUACAUUAGGAAGGUUGUAUCUAUUAGCUUUGGAUUGCUCUUGGCUUAUCUCAGUAUUCCUGUUGUACAGAAUCUUCUCUCCAGUAGACAACAGAUGAAUACUAGCUUUGAACCAUUGAGGAUUAUCAACACAUACGGAGCUUUUGGCAGUGUUACUAAGGAACGAACUGAAGUCAUUACUGAGGAGACCUAUGAUUUUAUUUUUGGAAGGAAUGGCGAGGGGGCCCACGGGAGGAUUGAGUUCAACUGUAAGCCUGGUAAUGUAUCAAGAAGACCUUGCAUCAUAUCUCCUUAUCAUUAUUGUCUUGACUGGUUGAUGUGGUUUGCUGCAUUUCAGAAUUAUCAACAUAAUCCAUGGCUACACUUUUGUGCUAAACUACUUGCUGGAGAUCCUUCACUUAACUCACUCAUUGCUCACAAUCCUUUUAAGGAAAAGCCACCAAAUUUUGUGAGGGCAUUGCAUUAUCAAUACAAGUACACCAAAAUUGGAAGUAAAGAAUCAAAAAGAGGUCAAUGGUGGAAGAGAAAGAAGAAAGGAGUGUAUCUUCCAAUCAUCAAUAUUGAUUCACUUAGGGACAAUGUCAGCGUAAGGCUGGAAAUGGUACAAGGACAGUAAAUAGUUUUUCACUUUUGUUAAUU